AUGACUUGUUUCAGAGCGUGCCAGGGGCCACAGUUCUCAAGAGGUUGGUGUGUGCUUCAGGUCUUCCACCCGCCAGAGGCCGAGGACUGGUACCUGGACAUCAGCUCCGUCACCUUCAGGGACGCUGGUGUGUACGAGUGUCAGGUCUCCACCAGCCCUAAGGUCUCCCUGCCCAUCCACCUCACCGUGCUGGCCGUGCAGGAAGCGGACAUCUUAGGCCCGCGGGAGGUGUAUAUUCAACACGGCUCCACCAUCAGCCUCCACUGUGAGGUGCUGGCCGGUGUCGAAGCAGUGGGACCCGUUCGCUGGCUUCGGGGCGCCUCCACUCUCAACUACAGCUCACCUAGAGGCGGCAUCAGCAUGGAGGUGGAGAAGACCCCAACAAAGACCAUGUCCAAACUGUACAUCACUCGGGCGGUGAAGGCGGACUCUGGCAACUACACCUGUGCUCCCUUGUACGCUCGGCCGGACUCUGUCAUCGUCCACGUUGUUAAUGCUGGCGAGGAGUCGGCGGCGGCGGUGCAGAGUGGGGUGGGGGCGCUGCGGGCGGGUGUGGGCGUGGUGUGGGUGGCCACCCUGCUGGCUACCUGGCUCAGGCCCCCACCCCCGCCCGCUUGGACCCCGUGAGUCACCCAGAUGGCGUUGACGGUGUCCGGCUUGGUGUACCCCUCCCUGCACCCCGUCCCACAGCCAGCCCGCCCUGCUUCAAGACCCGCUCUCAUCACCAGUGUAGUGUGCCUUAUAUUUUUGUAGGUGUUUCCCCAACUCUCUGUGAAAUAAACUAUAUAUAUAUUUCGACGA